GUGGGUUUUAUUGGAACGUUUUGGCACACUGGCCCUUUAAGAACAUUCAGGAUCUUGAUCUGGCCCAAAAUGGUUCUGAUUUUGACCCAGAGUGGUUUGACUUCCUCAUCAGCAGUGAAGAAAGUGCAGGUUUAGGCCCGCCCCAUGGUGCAGCGGACUCUGACCCACUCGCUGUAAGUCCAGGAUGUUUGUGCAGAGACAGCCCGUCGGCAGCCUCUUUGUCUCCUCGUACAAUGACAGACGGUCCAGAGCGGCGCUUUGAGGAACUGCAGAAACUUGUAUGACCGAUCUCUAGACGGAUCUGGCUGAAGCAUGGCGCUGCAGGUGCAUCUCCUGGCCUGCGCCUUUGGCCUGGGCUCCUGGGUGGCGGUGAACGGCCUGUGGGUGGAGCUUCCCCUCAUCGUCAACGCUCUGCCUGAAGGCUGGGAGCUCCCCUCGUACCUCACGGUCAUCAUCCAGCUGGCCAACCUGGGCCCCCUGCUGGUCACCCUCAUGCACAAACUGCGUCCCGGUCGUCUCAAUGAGCGUGCCGUCAUCUACUCCAUCCUCUCCAUCGGCAUCGCCUCCUGCAUCCUGCUCGUCUUCUUCUGGGACAAAACAACAGUUGUGGCGGGGGCGUCACACAGCACCGCCUUCUUCAUUAUCACCUUCUUCCUCUCUCUGGUGGACUGCACAUCUUCAGUGACCUUCCUACCUUUUAUGAUGCAGCUUCCAGCUAAAUACUUCACCACCUUCUUCAUUGGAGAAGGGUUGAGUGGCUUCAUCCCCGGUGUCAUUGCUUUGGCGCAAGGUGUCGGCAUGGCCAAGUGCGUCAACAGCUCCCACACGUCAGGAAACCACUCAGACGAGGUAGUGUGGUCAUCGCAAACACAGUAUCUUCCUCCAAACUUCUCCACAGAGGUGUUCUUCUCCUUCCUGGCGGCCAUGAUGUGCAUUAGCUUGGCUGCGUUCGUCGGGCUGAACAGGCUGCCUCGGACAUACGAGCUGUCUACGGAAAACCUUGUGCCGGACACGGUGGGUUCAGUCAGCUCUGGGCUGGACAACCCAGCAGUAGAAACUGAUGGCAAGAAAAGUGAGCAGGAAGGAGAAGAGAAGAGCAAACCUCUGCUGGCUGAACCACAAUACUCCAUUUCCAAGCUGGUCUUCAUGUACCUCCUUGUGUUUUGGAUCAACGCUCUGACUAAUGGACUGCUGCCAUCAGUCCAGACAUACUCCUGCAUGCCGUAUGGGAAUCUUGCCUAUCAUCUGUCUGCAGCUUUGGCCUCAGUGGCCAACCCAGUGGCCUGCACUAUUGCAAUGUUCUUCCAGAACAGGUCUCUGAUGUUUCUUUGCGUCCUGACCGUGUUGGGUUCAGGCUUCGGCGGCUACAACAUGGCCAUGGCAGCUCUCAGUCCCUGUCCUUUGCUGCGUGGGUCUGCGCUGGGAGAGGCGAUCAUUGUGCUCUCUUGGCUCUUGUUCACUGGGACGCUGUCUUACGUUAAGGUGAUGGUGGGAGUCAUCCUGAGAGAUCGCAGCCACAGCGCCCUCGUGUGGUGUGGAGCUGCAGCACAGAUGGGCUCGCUGGUCGGCUCGGUCACCAUGUUCCCGCUGGUUAACGUUUACCAGCUCUUCAAGUCGGGAGACUUCUGCAACACUGUCUGUCCGUUAUGACAGUCAGCCUGAAAGUCUCAAGACUCUCAAGCACAGAAACAGAUCUGCGCUUCAGGAAGUUUGUGUAUUUAAUUACUUUGAAGCAGCGAAAUGCCAAAAUACUUGACAGUGUUAAGGCCAGGCUAAGAAAAAAUAAAAAUAAAAGGUAACACUUUAUUUGAAGGCGUGUGCAUAAACAUAACACUUGUUAUGAACAUGAAGGAGUCCUCAUUCUUUUUGUAAAUAAUGACACUUUUAAUACAAAGCUGCAUUAAAAGUGUCAUUAUUUACCUAAUUACACUUUACGAAGCCUCCUUCAUGUUCAUAACAGGUGUUAUAUCAUGUUUAUUACAGUGUCAUGUCAGUUUUGUGCACACCAAUUCAAAUAAACUGUUACAGAAUAAAAAAAAAUUAAAUUACAAAAAAAUGGCAUGAAAUUACAAAAAUGGUAGAAUGAAGUUGUGUGAGAAUAAAGUCAAAAUAUUAGCAAAAUAAAAUUGUAGAAGUAAUAUGAGAAUAAAGUCACAGAAUCACAUGAAUAAAGUAAUAUUACAAGAAUAAAGUCAAAAUAAUACGUAGAUAAAGUUGUAAUGUUAUGUCAUAAUAUUUUGAGAAAAAAGUCGUAAAAUGACUAAAAUAAGGUUUUAUUAAACAUAUUAGCAUGAGGCUGUUAUAAUAAUCUUAUUCUGAUGUCUUAUUCAGUAUAUUCAUUUUUGUAAAACCAAUUAUCAAAUUAUAAUUUCCCAACACACCACAGUGGUAAGAGAGCUUCUAUGUGUCAGACUUUAUUCUAAUAAUAAUGUCACUUUUUUAUUGUAUUAUUUUUACUUCAUUCUCAUGAUUUUAUUUUAUUAUCCAUUCUUAAACUUGGCUCUAUUACUCAGUCUCUAAAAGCUCCAUGACUUCUUGUGCAACCAUUAUAGACUAUUUUAUUAUUACUAUUUUUAAAAACACAGCCUUCAGUAGGUGAUAAUCUAAAACCUAAGAACCGUCUGCCAUCAGGUCACAGGACUAAAAUCCUGAUUGUUACCGACAAUUUUCACUCUGCUAAGUUUUUAUAAAUGUUUACUAUUAUAUUCUGUGCAUGCAACAACAUGCAGAGAAAAUGCAUAACCUUUAAAGUGAAUAUCUACUGAAUGGAAGAAUCCUGCAUUGUACUUUUCUGGCCAGCAGAUGUCACAAACACACUUUUAAAACACGAACGCACUCAUCAGUGAAACGCAUCGAUUCCUGUUUAACCUCCACCUGUAACCUCAACAUUUUAAUGCACUUUGCAAUCUAAUAAAUUAUUCUUCUUUACAUCUAAAUCAGCAUUUCAGGUGAAAUUGUAUUCUUUUGGAUUAUUGCUCCUAAUUUUGCUUUUAAUCUCAAUCGCCACCUUCAUUUACUGUGUGGUAGCCAGACUAUAAAAGUUUCUUCAAGGUUGAAUUAUGUUAAAGUUAGAACCUCGAUUUUAAUCUCGAUUAAAAGUUAUGAGCUGCAAUAAAGAUAAAAAAUAUGCUUAAUUUUAUUUAAUAUCUCAUUUAAAAUGCAGCUUUGAUAAUUUUAAAUGGUUUUCAGCUCUGGGAAUGAUUUUACAGCAGAAUAAUUUCAGUAACUUAAUACAAUAUUAAAAAGCUAAAUGAGAAUAAUGGGUGAAUAAACAUACAUUUCGGAUAUAUUUAAAGAACAAUUACAUAUCAUCUGACCUUAUUUAAGAUUUUAGGGCAAAACAUUCAAAUUUUUAAAUGAAAUAAAGGUUUUGUUUAGACUGUGGAGAAACCCAGUUAAUUAUAAACACUAAAUAUUCAACUAAAUUCAAAUUGAAAGAUACUUUAUUGACCCUAAAGUGAAUAUUGUUGUAAUUUUAUAUUUCAAAUAAUUUAGAAAUGCUUUGAAAAAUCUCCAAAUAAACAUGUGUCCGCUGUACAGUGAUGCUAACUGCAUUAAAAUAAAAUAUAUGACUUUAUCAUCUAAAACAUCUGUGUAUUAAUUUUGUGGUUGUUAUAAAAUAAAAAUAAAACUUGUUUUACAGCAACACCUCUCUUUCACAGACCUCUGCUUCUAACAUUAAAUAAUCAGCCUGAAAAUGUACAAUGUUAUAUCGGAUUGAAAACUGGCCACCAAAUUAUACUCCUCGAAAUGCUGGCAGCGGCAUUUUGAGGAGAACCACGAGGAUCAGAGGGUGGUUUCCCCUCAGCAGCUGUUCUCCAUCCUGACCCUUCAGACUGAGAGUUAGAGAUUCCCCGGCCGACGUCUGUGGGGUGGGGGAGGAGUCUAAUUACUGACACUCAGCGGGGGCCGAUGGCUGUUGCUCCUGCCGGCGGUCACUUGGGAGCUUUUUUGACCCCAACACGGAGUAAAAACAAAAAGAUAAGGAAGGCCACAAUUAGCCCUACGCAGCCUGCGGGGCUCGGGAUCAGUGGAGGAGAAGCGCAGAUGGGACUUUCUCACUUGGAUUUGCUGAAUCCACAUUGCAGUGCGUGUAAACCGAGCAGAAAUCACUGCACACGGCCGCAGAUGCGAGUUCGCAGGAUGGAGUCUUACAAAAUCUUAAAGGCAACCCAGUGUGUCUACAUGGUCAACACAAAACAAGCUCAUUACGCCACCCAACUCAACGUUUACACUCACACAUGAAAAUGGCUGCAAACAGAUGCGCAAAU